GGGAUUAAGGGGAAUCUACCUAGAAACAGCUUGUAGGAGAAGGCUAUAGCGGAGCGCUUCUGUGCUUGGCUUGGGGACAUUUUGCUGUCGUUUUUCGCAUAUUCAGCUCCUAAUUUAAGAGAUAAAGAUGGUUUCUCACUCGCUCACGUUGCCGAUGAUCUGCUUCACUACGUUGUGGGCGCUGGUAGGUUGUGUCGCCCCAUUUUUCGUUCCGAAAGGACCGAAUCGUGGAGUUGUUAUCACGAUGAUGAUAUUGACAGCGGUGUGCUGCUACUUAUUCUGGCUGAUAGCAAUUCUGGCCCAGGCUAACCCUCUGUUUGGACCUCAGCUGAAGAAUGAAACCAUCUGGUACCUGCGGUACUUCUGGGAGUGAAUUUCUCCUCAUGAGUCACAUUGCCUAUUUGGGGACCAUCUCUUUUUUCCAAUGUUUUCUCCAAGACAUUGUUUGGAUUUGACUAUCUCAACAGCUUCUCAUAAAACCACAAUGAGGAAGUGGAGGACAAUAACCUCACCAGUUAUUUAUUUAAUCAAACACCGGGCCACGCAGACACACAACUCUCUUCACUAGAUUAACAGGAACCUGAGCCUCUGACUCCCAGUCCGACAACAUAUUGCUUGUCUUAGUCAGCCAUAGUGUAUGCAUAUGAAUUUUUCUUCCCAUUUUCAAAAAUGAUUCCUCCUUUCUUUUAAAAGAUACAGAGAAGUACUGUAGGCACCAACAAAUCCAACUGACUUGGAAUGGUCUCACGACAUUUCUGUAGUGUUACAACAGUGUUGUCACAUUAGAGCUACCUUGUGAGAGUGUGCCCAUAAGCUUGGAAAACCGCUUUAGGGUAGUGGAAAGAAGUGAUGAUCUCUGAAUGUUAGUGAUAUUGUGUAGGUAUCACAUUUUUCCCUCCUUUCUGUCUCCUGUGGUCAAAUGUGCAGUUCCUGGGACCUUCAAUAUCAAGUGUUUGGUAAACUGAUGUAUUUUAGGUAAAUAUUUAUUGAAUGUUUUUAUUUAUUUUUUAUUUAUUAUUUGUAUUUAUUUGUUUUACUUAUGUGAGCGCUCUGAAAUUAUUUCAAGGAGAAAUGUGCAGGUUCAAACCACAUUAUAUCAUUUUGUGUAUAAGCAAUUAUCAGAAUGGAUUUGGAUGCGGGCCAUAUGAAACAAGCAGCCCAGCUCUGUUUCUCUGUCCUGAAAUAGGUACAAUGAAACAGUUCUGUUUAUUUUCUCAUUAGAGUACAGUGCCAGAACCCAUGGUUAACACAAUGAAUGCUUUAGGCCACGCCACAACCGUCAAACUUCUUUGUAAACAGUGUGUACUGUGUUUGACUGUGACUGUUUGCCACUAGAGUAGCCAUACUUUUUUUUUUUUCUCGAUAUACAGCUGCUUUUAGAGAGACCAAAACAAAUUAUCUGCAUCUAUUACCAUGGAUUACAAUAUGAACUGUAAUUAUGGAUUUUUGAAGUGGUCAAUAUUGAUUAUACCUUUGAAAUAUGGUUUUGUUUGCCAGAAGUAGAUGUUGUAUGUAUUACACAGCAAAGACAACAGCAAAUGUGAAGUCAUGUGCAUGCUGUAUAGACGUUUACAUGGUUAUACUGU